AGCCGUAAGUACGAGCCCGGGUGGGGGGGAGAAAAGGGAGCGGAGGGCGGGCGAGGGUUCGGCUCCUGGCCCUCCGCGUGGCCCGCGGCUCAUACCUUUCCGGGUGUCCGCCGGGUGCCGGGCGAGGGCGGUCCCGGGGGGCGCGGGGUGCCCACCCGGUGAAUGGCCGCCUGAGCCGGGGAAGAUGCUUCAUCUGCCCCUGCCCAGGUCGGGAAGGACAGUGAAUUUCCCCCGCAGCUGGGAUGAAAGCAGCUCCAUCAGCAGUGGACUCAGCGAUGCCUCUGACAACCUCAGCUCAGAAGAAUUCAAUGCCAGCUCCUCACUCAACUCCCUCCCAACGACUCCCACUGCUUCUCGUAGGAACUCUACAAUAGUGCUACGCACAGACUCAGAGAAACGCUCUCUGGCAGAAAGUGGGCUAAACUGGUUUAGUGAAUCAGAGGAAAAGGCCCCCAAAAAACUAGAGUACGACAGCGGUAGCCUGAAGAUGGAACCUGGGACUUCUAAGUGGCGGAGAGAACGACCUGAAAGCUGUGAUGAUUCAUCCAAGAGUGGAGAACUGAAAAAACCCAUCAGCCUGGGACACCCUGGUUCCCUGAAGAAGGGGAAGACCCCACCGGUGGCUGUCACUUCCCCCAUCACUCACACUGCCCAGAGUGCUCUCAAAGUAGCAGGCAAACCUGAAGGCAAAGCUACAGACAAGGGUAAGCUUGCAGUGAAGAAUACUGGGCUACAGCGCUCCUCUUCUGAUGCUGGUCGGGAUCGCUUGAGUGAUGCUAAAAAGCCUCCCUCGGGCAUUGCCCGCCCCUCUACUUCAGGAUCCUUUGGCUACAAGAAGCCUCCUCCUGCCACAGGCACAGCCACUGUCAUGCAGACUGGUGGUUCAGCUACUCUCAGCAAGAUACAGAAGUCCUCAGGCAUUCCUGUCAAGCCAGUGAAUGGACGCAAGACUAGCUUAGAUGUGUCCAACAGUGCAGAGCCAGGAUUCCUGGCUCCUGGAGCCCGUUCCAACAUCCAGUACCGCAGCCUGCCCCGGCCAGCCAAGUCCAGUUCCAUGAGUGUGACCGGUGGGCGGGGUGGACCUCGCCCUGUUAGCAGCAGCAUUGACCCCAGUCUCCUCAGCACCAAGCAGGGAGGCCUUACGCCCUCCAGACUGAAGGAGCCUUCCAAGGUAGCCAGUGGGCGAACCACUCCAGCCCCUGUCAAUCAGACUGAUCGGGAAAAGGAGAAGGCCAAAGCCAAGGCAGUGGCCUUGGACUCAGACAACAUCUCCUUGAAGAGCAUUGGCUCCCCAGAAAGUACUCCCAAGAACCAAGCAAGCCACUCCCCAUCCACCAAGUUGGCAGAGCUACCACCAACCCCUCUCAGGGCCACAGCUAAGAGCUUUGUCAAGCCACCCUCACUAGCCAAUCUAGACAAGGUCAACUCCAACAGUCUGGAUCUGCCAUCGUCCAGCGACACCCACGCUUCCAAGGUCCCAGAUCUGCAUGCUACAAGCACAGCCACUGGGGGCCCUCACCCUUCGUGCUUCACCCCUAGUCCGGCACCCAUCCUCAAUAUUAACUCAGCCAGCUUCUCCCAGGGCCUGGAGCUCAUGAGUGGUUUCAGUGUCCCAAAGGAGACCCGCAUGUACCCCAAACUCUCAGGCCUGCACAGGAGCAUGGAGUCCCUCCAGAUGCCAAUGAGCCUGCCCAGUGCCUUCCCCAGCAGUACUCCCAUCCCUACCCCACCUGCUCCCCCUGCUGCUCCCCCAGAGGAAGAGACGGAAGAGCUGGCCUGGAGUGGAAGCCCCAGAACCGGGCAAUUGGACAGUAAUCAGCGGGAUCGGAACACUCUUCCCAAGAAAGGACUCAGGUACCAGCUUCAGUCCCAGGAGGAGACCAAGGAGCGGCGACACUCCCAUACCAUUGGUGGGGUGCCGGAAUCCGAUGACCAGUCAGAGCUACCUUCUCCCCCUGCACUCUCCAUGUCCUUGAGUGCAAAGGGCCAGCUUACCAACAUAGUGAGUCCCACUGCGGCCACCACGCCAAGAAUCACCCGCUCCAACAGCAUCCCCACCCACGAGGCGGCCUUCGAGCUGUACAGCGGCUCCCAAAUGGGGAGCACCCUGUCCCUGGCCGAGAGACCCAAGGGAAUGAUUCGGUCAGGAUCCUUCCGAGACCCCACGGACGAUGUUCACGGCUCAGUGCUGUCCCUGGCCUCCAGUGCCUCCUCCACCUACUCCUCAGCUGAGGAGAGGAUGCAAUCUGAGCAAAUCCGGAAGCUUCGUAGGGAACUGGAAUCAUCCCAGGAAAAAGUGGCCACCCUGACGUCUCAGCUUUCUGCCAAUGCUAAUCUAGUGGCUGCUUUCGAGCAGAGCCUGGUAAAUAUGACAUCCCGCCUACGACAUCUGGCAGAGACAGCUGAGGAGAAGGACACUGAGCUGCUGGAUUUGAGAGAAACUAUAGACUUUCUGAAGAAAAAGAACUCUGAGGCCCAGGCAGUCAUUCAGGGAGCCCUUAAUGCAUCAGAAGCCACACCCAAAGAACUUCGGAUCAAGAGACAAAACUCCUCAGACAGCAUCUCAAGCCUCAACAGCAUCACUAGCCAUUCCAGCAUUGGCAGCAGCAAGGAUGCUGAUGCAAAAAAGAAGAAGAAAAAGAGUUGGGUCUAUGAGCUUCGAAGUUCCUUCAACAAAGCCUUCAGUAUAAAAAAAGGACCCAAGUCAGCUUCCUCAUACUCUGAUAUAGAGGAGAUUGCCACACCUGACUCCUCUGCGCCCUCCUCCCCCAAACUACAGCAUGGUUCCACGGAGACUGCUUCACCCUCCAUCAAGUCCUCCAACUCAUCCUCUGUGGGCAUUGAUGUCACUGAGGCCCCUGCUCACCCAGUUCCCCAUACUAGGCUGUUCCAUGCCAAUGAGGAAGAGGAGCCAGAGAAGAAGGAGGUUUCAGAGCUGCGCUCUGAGCUAUGGGAGAAGGAAAUGAAGCUUACAGACAUCCGCUUGGAGGCCCUCAACUCUGCCCACCAACUGGAUCAGCUGCGGGAGACCAUGCACAACAUGCAGUUGGAGGUGGACCUGCUGAAAGCAGAGAAUGACCGACUGAAGGUAGCCCCAGGCCCCUCAUCAGGCUCCACUCCAGGGCAGGUCCCUGGGUCAUCUGCUUUAUCAUCCCCUCGCCGCUCCCUGGGUCUCGCACUCACCCAUUCGUUCAGCCCGAGUCUCGCAGACACAGACCUAUCACCCAUGGAUGGCAUUAGUACUUGUGGUCCAAAGGAGGAAGUGACCCUUCGGGUGGUGGUGAGGAUGCCCCCCCAGCACAUCAUCAAAGGGGACUUGAAACAGCAAGAAUUCUUCCUGGGAUGUAGCAAAGUCAGUGGAAAAGUUGACUGGAAGAUGCUGGAUGAAGCUGUUUUCCAAGUGUUCAAGGACUAUAUUUCUAAAAUGGAUCCAGCCUCUACCCUGGGACUAAGCACUGAGUCCAUCCAUGGCUACAGCCUCAGCCACGUGAAACGAGUAUUAGAUGCUGAGCCCCCAGAGAUGCCUCCUUGCCGUCGAGGUGUCAAUAACAUAUCAGUCUCCCUCAAAGGUCUGAAGGAGAAAUGCGUCGACAGCCUGGUGUUUGAGACACUGAUCCCCAAGCCGAUGAUGCAGCACUACAUAAGCCUCCUGCUCAAGCACCGGCGCCUCGUCCUCUCAGGCCCCAGUGGCACGGGCAAGACCUACCUGACCAAUCGGUUGGCCGAGUACCUAGUGGAGCGCUCCGGCCGUGAAGUCACUGAGGGCAUCGUCAGCACCUUCAACAUGCACCAGCAGUCUUGCAAGGAUCUGCAACUGUAUCUUUCCAACCUGGCCAACCAGAUAGACCGAGAAACAGGAAUUGGGGAUGUGCCCUUGGUGAUCCUGUUGGAUGACCUGAGUGAAGCAGGCUCCAUCAGUGAGCUGGUCAAUGGAGCCCUCACCUGCAAGUAUCACAAAUGUCCCUAUAUUAUAGGUACCACCAAUCAGCCUGUAAAAAUGACACCCAACCAUGGCUUGCACUUGAGCUUCAGGAUGUUGACCUUCUCCAACAACGUGGAGCCAGCCAAUGGCUUCCUGGUUCGUUACCUGAGGAGGAAGCUGGUAGAGUCAGACAGUGACAUCAAUGCCAACAAGGAAGAGCUGCUUCGGGUGCUCGACUGGGUACCCAAGCUGUGGUAUCAUCUUCACACCUUCCUUGAGAAGCACAGCACCUCAGACUUCCUCAUCGGUCCUUGUUUCUUUCUGUCCUGUCCAAUCGGCAUUGAGGACUUCCGGACCUGGUUCAUUGACCUAUGGAACAACUCUAUCAUUCCCUAUCUACAGGAAGGCGCCAAGGAUGGGAUCAAGGUCCAUGGACAGAAAGCUGCUUGGGAAGACCCAGUGGAGUGGGUCCGGGACACUCUUCCCUGGCCGUCAGCCCAACAAGACCAAUCAAAGCUGUACCACCUGCCCCCACCCACAGUGGGCCCUCACAGCAUUGCCUCACCUCCAGAGGAUAGAGCAGUCAAAGAUAGCACCCCAAGUUCUCUGGACUCCGAUCCUCUGAUGGCCAUGCUGUUGAAACUUCAAGAAGCUGCCAACUACAUUGAGUCUCCAGAUCGAGAAACCAUCCUGGACCCCAACCUCCAGGCAACACUCUGAGAGUCCAGCAAUCACUGUCACUCCGGACAGCAGAAUGCUGGCAUCACUACGCCAGCUCCUCCUUUCCCCUCUUCUUUCAGACCCCUGGCUCUCUAGCCCUAGGAAGAGAACAGGGGGGAGGAAGAGGUGAAAGAGGAGAGGCAGGUUCUUGGUGCUGCACCUUUGAGGACUUCCUAGUAAAGAUUGGCGGGGUGGAGAACUUAUGUCCCCUAAAUACAUUUCCUGGCCUCCUCUCAUGACUUUGGGGAAAAGAUGAUUCUGGGUCUUUUCCUUGACUUCUUGGGCUUUCUGGGGAGGGAUUCAGAAGACAUCAAGAAACUCUGCAGUAGUUCCUAACUGAUUCUCACAAACAACCCUGAGAGAGACAGUCAUGUGUGGGGAAGGCUGGGGGAGCAGGAAGCUCCCUAGAUUCCCUCACAGACCCUUCCCAAUUCCAUCACCACUGCCAACAACUCUUCCCCAGAGAUCUGGCUGGAGACCAGAAAAAGAAGCAUGUGGUUUUAAAAAUGUUUAAAUCAAUCUGUAAGAGGUUAAAAAAGAAAAAAAAAAAGAAAAGAUGAAGCUGGAGAGAGGGGAACCAGUUGCCAAGGUAGAAAGAGACCUUCCCACUCCUGCCCUCUGGCUGACAUAAGGGACAUUGACAAGACGGCUGCCAACAUAAGAAGUCACCAAACCACAAAAACAUUACAGCCUUCAAAGAGAGACUACUAGCUCUUUCUACCCUCUAAUUUAACAUGCAUGAGUGUCAAUAAACCCUACUUUUUUAUUUUUGUUUUUU